AUGCCUGAGGACUCAACUCCAGCCAAGACCUCAGCAGAGGAGUCCCUGCUGUCACAGCCUAACUCCGAUGCCCAAGGGCAACUCACGGCAGCUGUUGAUGAGCUGCUGGAUCAACUGCAAGGCAAAUUCGAGAAUGUUUCCAAAGAGAUGUUUGGAAAGCUGGAUGAUAUGACCCGCCGCCUAGAUGAAUUGGAGGCUGGGCUAUCAGCUGCAAAGAACGAUGCGUCAGCGACUCCUCCACAGUGA